CAGGCUUUCAUUUUAAUUGUUUAAAAAACAUUUUCACUAGUUAGACUGAAUAUUUAUUUCUGAUCCUCGCUGUAGGGCUAAACUAGCUGUGACUUGCGUUUCCAUUAAGGACUGUAGCCAUUUUGGCUAAGACAUUCUUUCCUGUCUCAGCUCUCUUCAAGAGAUGCUAUUUACUUUUUUGUUGUUGUUGUUGUUUUCUCCGGAGCUUUAUUGCCUGCCCUUUAUUUUCACGAUGUGUUUGUGCCUUCUGUAAAAAGUGGGAAUGUGUGGGAUUGUGUGGGUUAUCGCCGGUCGGGAUUGUGUGGGUUAUCGCCGGUCGCCUAGCUUGCCGUUCUUCAGGUCUCUGCUGCUGCUCCAGAAUCUACAUCUGAAUGUCAAGGCAUAGCUUUUCCAGGAGCUUUUAAACCGACCUUUCAAUUCGAAGACGUAACUGCGCCAGGAGCUUUGUCUCCCUGGCAUUUAAGAGCAUAGAGGAGAGCAACUUCUAGUUUUUAAAAUAAGUAAACUAAUCUGAAUUGUUUGCAAUGGUAGGAACUUGUUCUAUAAAAUGUUAAUUAGGUGGCCCGUGCUCGAAAACUGCUCUCAGGAUAUGACCAAUGGGAGACUAGACCUAGGCUCCUUCAUUUGCAUGCAGACUUCACGACAAAAUAACGAAUCAGAGAUGGAGAAACUAAAUCUUCAUUUACAUAGUAUUGUCUACAAAUUCCGAGGAUCAGGAGAUUGUAGAUUUCAUUUUCAUUCCUACCUGCAGAACAACAAAGAUAGUAUGCCUGAGCCAGCGAAAUCCGCUCCCGCCCCGAAGAAGGGUUCCAAGAAGGCCGUGACCAAGGCGCAGAAGAAGGACGGCAAGAAACGCAAGCGCAGCCGCAAGGAGAGCUACUCCGUAUACGUGUACAAGGUGCUGAAACAGGUCCACCCAGACACCGGCAUCUCCUCCAAAGCCAUGGGGAUCAUGAAUUCCUUUGUCAACGACAUCUUCGAGCGCAUCGCCGGCGAGGCUUCCCGCCUGGCGCAUUACAACAAGCGCUCGACCAUCACCUCCAGGGAGAUCCAGACCGCCGUGCGCCUGCUGCUUCCCGGGGAGCUGGCCAAGCACGCUGUGUCAGAGGGCACCAAGGCCGUCACCAAGUACACCAGCUCCAAGUAAACUUGGCCCUACAACUGCCUUAGUAAACCCAAAGGCUCUUUUCAGAGCCACUCACGU